UUCAAUAGCAAACGUCAAACAAUUCAUUUGGGUACAAGUUGUGUGGUUAUAACAGUGGCAAUUGAUAAGAUAAAGUGGAAAAAUGGGUCGGACGGAUUGGGAACGAAUAUUAACUGCAGAUCCAUCGUCAUUGACGGAUGAUGAUAUGGAGGAUUUAUAUCCUACUAUAAUCAGUUGCGACGUCGAUGAGAUUGGUGAUGUACAUAACCUACGAACGCUGAUGAAACUUUCUCAAGAAAUUCUGCAGUAUAAAGAUAAUCAAGUAGAAUCGUUACUUUUAGAAUGCAGUGAAUUAAAACAAAGUAUUUCUUCUAUGAAACCUGAACCUGCUAAGCGUAAAAAGAAAGAAUGGGAUACAGCUAGUAUACAACAUGAAACCAAUGAUUUAUCUAAACAUUUGGAUACACCAGAUAACAGUGAAUUGCAAGGGAAAAAUAAAAAAAUAAAAAUUCUAAUGUUAGAAUUAGAGAAUUUAGAAAAGGACAAUGUUAUUUUGAAAGAACAAUUGACAACAUUAACUAGAGAGAUGGAGGAUGCUACACAAAAAAUGAACGAAAUGACAGAAGAGUUGUCUUCUGCACGAAUUAAAUCUGUAGAAUAUAAAGAUAGGAUAUCUUACUUAGAACAUGAAAAUGCUGCAUUAGUUAUUCAAAUUGAGGAGGUGACUGCUCAACAAAUAGAUAGGGAUAGAGUGAUAGAUGAAUUUGGUACUGCGAUUGAUGCUAGAAUUAAUGAAUGGAAGGCUGUACUAGAUGAGAAAGAUGCAGAAAUUCAACGACUGCAAGAAAAUAUAUCACAAACAUUUAUGCAAUCAGUGGUCUCCGCUCAAGAGCAGAAUAAAUCUGAAAUAGUUCAUUUAAAUGAGGAAAUAGACUGUCGUGAUAAAAUUAUAACUGAAUUAAAAGCAAAGCUUUCAGAAGCUGUUGUGGAAAUUAACGAAAGUGCCACACUGAUUGAAAAAUUAAAAGUAGAUGCCCAAAAAGUUGGAAAGAAUAGCAAAAGAAAAGAGGUCAAAGAUUUAUUAAAAAGACUGCAAGAUGCAAACGAACAAGUAUCCAAACUGCAAAUGAAAUUAAUAGAGACAGAGGAAGAUGCUAAUUCAAAGAGUAGUAAAUUGUGUGAGGUAUUAGCAACAUUAAAAAAAUAUGAGGACGAAAAUGAAGGAUUAACAGAUGCCUUAAACGAAAUAAAAGAGUUGAAAACUGAUCUGAGGGAUAAAAAUGAACAUAUAAGGGAAUUAAUAAAUAUCGUCAACAAAUUAGGAAUGUUAAAUUCUUAUCAAGAAAUGGAAAUUAUAACUCUUAGAGAAAAGCUAGGAAUCCCAGAAGACGAAUCAGUAUCGAUACAGCAUAUUUUAGAGAAACGAAAGCGUGAAGCUAAAAAAUUAGAGGAGCUCAUGCAACAGAAUAAAAUGCUCGUCGAAGAAAAUUUAGAAUUGAAGUCAGACAUAAGAGUGUUAAAGUACAAACUAAGUAAAACUUCCAAAGAUUUCGAUUUUUCGUGUAGUGAAGUCGAUGGUAGCACCGAGUUUCUCCAUUCGACGAAACUGCUGGAGUCUGAUUCUAAAUUACCGUAUAAUAAGACAAAACUGUCUGCGUUGCAACAGAACUUGGAACUGGUUAUAGAAGAAAACGAAGCUCUUAGAACGGGCAUGCACGAAAUUUUGGACUGUAUCCGUAACCAAGACGGUAAAAGCUUAGUCGAAAUACAAUCUAGUACAUUAGAAAGACUACUGGAAGCAUUAGAUGUGAGACAUUUGGCUGGCUGGUACCAUCCAGCAAUGAGAUUACAGGAACACCUAAACGUUGUGCAAGGCACUAACUCAGAAUUAAGAGUGCAACUCAAAUUGCUGAGAAAGGAACUGCAAAGGAAGGACAGCAUACUGCAAACCUUAGCAUUGAACAAAGACACGAGCAUCGAGAAAAUAUACGCGGAGGAGUUGGAUAAUGAAAAGAUAGCGGUGUAUCUAAACGAGACGAAGCAGUUGCAGGAGGCUUAUGAAAACGAAGCUGAAGAAUGGAGCAGACAAAAAGACUCGUUGACUCAGCAGAACGAGGAAUUAACGAGUGAGAUCGAGAAGUUAAAAUUACAGCUCGAAGUUUAUGAACAGACUAUGAAGGUUUUGGAGGAAGGGGAAGACGAGAUUCGAAAAGCAUUCGUUGUUAAAACCAGAGAAUACGUUGAAGCUGCCGGCGAGUUGAUUGUCGUGCAAAGAAAAAACAACGCUUUUCAGCAGCUGCUAAACAAAGAGACUGCGAAAGUGUAUCGGGAGCAAAAGGAAGCCAUAAAGAACGAAACCAACUUAAGAAAAUCUCUCGCAGAUGCUAGUAAGCACAAUAAGAUCCUCGAACGUGAGAUUUCGACGUUGCAGAGUAAUCUAUCGAACUCUAUCAGCAAGGCGGCAUACAACGAGUUGAACGAGAAGCACGAGGAACUGAGUAUACGAUUGCGAGAUUUACUAGAAAAUAGCAUUGUGUUGCAAAACGAUAAAGAAGUGCAAGUCUUGAGAAAAGAAUUAGACCUGAUGAAGCAAGAGAAGGAUCAGAUCAUCGAGCUUCUGAAGAAGGAAGUUGUUUUCGAGAACGAGGAAGAUUUGACCAGUCAGUUGAAGGAAGCUAAGGCAAAUGAGUUGCUAGAGAAGCAACGCGCUGACCAUGUGACUAGUUUGCACGAGAUCUUGCAAGUCCAGUUGUCGAAGUGCGAAGAGAAUGUUAAAGAGCUGGCUACGGCGAAGUCUGAACUGCAGGAGCAGUUAAUUAUACUUCACAAGAGGCUGUCGAAAGAGAUGUCUUUCGAGAAUUCUGAAACAUUAAGCGACAAUAGAGUACAGGAAUUGAAGGAUAAUAACGAAGAACUGAAGCUGGAGAUCGAGAACCUGAAGAAGUUGCUUCAGAUUUCUCAAGACGAGGCUGAGAAGCAAUACUCGCUGAACUCGUUGAAGAUCCUGGAGUUGGACAGUCUGAGGCAUCAGAUUCUGGACUUACAAGCGAUCAGCGAGGACAAAGCGACCAUUUCAAGGCUGGACUUCGAAUUGUCGAGCAAAAAAGUGAUGGAGAUGGAAUUGAACGCGCAGAAAGUACAUCUCGAGAACGAAGUGACGUGUAUGCAGGAGGAAUUGGAGAAAUUGAGAAAGACGUGUGAAGGAUUGCGUAGUUAUGUUCAAGAUUGCCGGAAACAGUGCGAAAGUCGAUGCAGAAUGUAUAUAGAUGUUAUGGGAUUCCUGCAGAAUCAAUAUGCAGGUUGCACUUCAAUCAGUGCUCUCGACAGAAUAACAUUGUUAUCCUCCAAAUUGAAGGACGAGCGACAGACUAUUGAUUCUGAAUUAGCGAACGCGAAAGAGUGCCACGAGAACGCUAAAUUGCAACAGGAAAUGCUAAUAAACCGUUUGCAGAUUGUCGAAAGCUUGAAAGAUAUUUUGGAACAACAAAUCGGAAGUAACAGUGUUCAGGAUAUUAUGCAGCAUUUUUCAGAGUAUUCGCAGUACACUUUGAACGAUUUCAAGUACAAACGAAAAAUAACUCGACUAGAGAACCAGUUACAAGUUGCCAGAAAUAAAUUCACGGAAUACGAGUCUCUUAUAACUAGCAUGGAACACGAAAUGAUACGAAUUCAAAGAGCUUGGGGUAAGACUCAAGAUCAGCAAUUGAAAAUCGAUACGCACAACACGGGAACGAGUCCGGUAUCACCGGAGAACAAGCAUGAAUCGGUACAAGCAACGACAGUUACCAAAUCAGACGAAGUACAAACAGAUCCGUACACGUGUUGCUUGGAAAAGAAGACCACUAGUGAAAUGGAGGUACAAACAACUCCGCCAAGAAACAUCGAUCUCGAAGAAGAACCGCAUUCACAGAAAAACAAACUUGACCAGACUGAGAAAACCAAUCAUACAGAUCCAGAAAUGGACCAAAAGGAAACAAAAGAGAAAAGGCAAACCAUAGGAGAAUCUAAAGAAGAAAUCGAAAAUGAACAAGAAAUAUCCUCGCUCCGUGGUCAAUUGAAUCAAGCUCUAAAAUUAGCUUCCGAUCGAUCUGCGGAAAUAGUGAAAUGCGAAUUGCAAAUAGCAGAGUAUCGGGCGAAGGUAGAAUCAUUUACCAGGACAAUAGAGAACAAGGAUCUACAAUUGAAGCAAAAAGAAAAGCUACUGGAGGAGUGUAGCAAGCAAGCCCCUCAACUGGAGCUCACUAGUACGGAGAGCAGCGACAAGCUAGCUUUAAAGUCGACGAUAAAUAGUCUGCAGCAGUUGAUAGGAAAGAAAGAGGAGACCAUAGCCAGGUACCAGAGCCUACUGAAAGAGGACAGAGACGAGCAUAGCAAAGCUGCGGCCCGCUUGCAGGAGGAAAUCAGGAGCUUGCAUUGUCGUGUCCAGUCCAUGCAGGCGGAGGCUCAUAAGGUUGCAACGCGAAAUGGUAGCGGAGCCACCGAGUCGGAGAAGUUGACUAAUGGUAACGUGGAAGAUACUGUGCCAAGAGUCGAAGUCAAGAGCAACGUUAUGCAGACGGAGGAGAUCGCGCGGCUGAGUGAAAAAGUCUCGACUCUCGAAGCGGAUCUGAACACCACGAGAGAGUUGAGCGAUCGGUGGCAUUUAUUGGCCGAGGAAAGACUGAAGCACAUGGACCGCAUGAGGGAGAGACUCGAAGAGCAACACAAAAGUGAAUUGGAAAGUUACCGUGGUGAACUAAAAAAGUGGCAAUCCGAAGCUGACAUGCUGCGCAAACAGUUGUCCGAGAAUCGCAUGUUGCUGACGAAGGGAAACAUUUCUUUGAUGAAGGAACUACAGGAAAAGGAAGACAAGAUUCACGAACUGAGUCUCACCUGUCAGCAGCUCCAGAAUGAAGUUGAAUUAAUGGAGUCGGCGUCCAGAUCGCAACGAGCAAUAACACAGGCAGAAUCGGAAUCUAAGGUGCACGAAAUUACACAGACAAUAAAUCUUAGAGAGCAAUCGCAACACGUAGAUGCGGUACGCAAACAAUUGCAGUCGUCGUUGGAAAAGGAGAAAGCCUAUAAACAAGAAAUUUGCGACUUAAAGCAGCAACUUAGUCGCAGAUACAUGGCCGUAAAAGCUCAAGAAAGAAAAGCUUCGCAACGAGAAACGCAACUAGAAAAUAAAGUAAAAACUUUAGAGACGGAGCUGGAAAAGGCGAAGGCUCAAUUAGAUCGCGAGUAUUUGGCCCAAGAGGCGAAAAAGGUUAAGACCGCAGAAGAACUCUCGCUAUGGGAGAAACAGAAAAAAUGGCAACAAACCGCCGAGAAAUUGAAAGAGAAACUCAAAGACAAAACAGAGGAAUACAAAAAGUUGCUUUCUAAUUAUGAAAAACUUCGAUCGGUGGUGACCUGUAUGGAAAGGGAGAAAUGGUACUUAAAGAGCAAAUUGAAAAUGGAACAUGGCAUCAUUGCCGGAGGUUUGUCCGCUAGACCUCCGCAGCAAAACGUGAUGGAAGAUCUGCAAAAAGAAUGUCACAUCCUUCGUGAUCGUAUCAAAGAGUUAACUGACCGGUUAGAAAAUGAAGACAAUGAAAAACUUCUGCUAAAAAUCGAGGAGCAAAAGAGACGUAUCGCUGCUUUAGAAGUUAUUUCUCAGGGCAGCAAUUGCGUUGCAACGCCAUUAGAAAAACUAGAAAUGACCAAGGAUAUACUCGAGAAAAUGAACCUGGCCUUGGAAAGCGAGAAUUUCGAGUUGCGACUUGAGCUAGAAAAGGCGAAUGCUGAUACGCCGAGGUUGCGAGAGAAAGUUGAGCAUUUAGAGAAAUAUAUAAAACUAUUGAAAGUGGAACAAUCGUCAGAUUCGACUCCUAGGUUAUUAGACAAAGAGUUACAAGAGUACAGUGCGAAGAAAUCCAAUUUGGAAAUGGAAAAAACCAUUUUCACGUUGAAACGAAUUAUCGAGAAAUUGCAAAUGGAGAACAAACGUCUUAGGGUCGGCUCGAAAAAGAAUCACGUCAUACAUCAGGGUAAAUUAUCGGGCAGGCAGAGCGAUAGUUUGUUACAGAAACAAUACGAGGAAGCGCAGAAGCGCGUGGUUGCAUUGGAAGCGGAUUUGCAGUUGGCUGAGCAAAGAUUAGCCGCGCUGCAAGCCGUCCAGAGGGAGGACGAAAACGGGGAGGUUAAGGUGUUGAGGGAACAAUUGAGCCACAAGUCGGAGCUCUUAGACAAAAUGAAACAUUUAUUAUCGAGAGCAGCUCUGAACGAGAAGACCCUCCGACAACGUGUACAACAACUGGAAUCGAGGCAAGCAUUGUCGACAAUACCGGAAUGCUACGUAGCGCCUCCUUCUCCUGAGUAGUCCACUUCCGUUCUUCAUCCCUUGAAGAAUGUUGCAGUGUCAGCUAUCGAAGAUUUAGAAUAAAUAAACUAUUAUAGCAGAGUGCCUUUUCAGACUCGAUGAGAAAUAUGCUUUUUUUUAUUCAUUGAUUCUUGUAUUUUAUUAUUUAUAGUAAAGAAAUGUAUUUUUAAUCGAGUAUUGUUCGGAUUUAUGAAUGUUUAUGGUAAGUGUGAGUGAAAAUGUGAAAGUGUCAGAAAUAUGUGGUUAUGAAAGAUGACGCCAGGACGUAUGAAUGAAUGUUUCCAGAU